GAAACUGAAAUUUGUGAAGAAAAUGUGUCGGGAAGAAACCCUAAAUAAACCCUAAUCAGUUAACACAGAAGAUGAUUUAAGAGUUGUUUGGGUUGAAGAAUCCUUUUCGCAUGCCUGCAAAUCCAUCAGGUAUCAAAGGAAUUUCAACCCUCUUCUCUUUUACUCCUCGUCAAGUUUUAUUAACCAUGAAGAACACCGCCGCCGAUAACGGAACCCUAAACUCUGAACAGAACCAGAAGCAGAAGCUUCUUCUUCACCAAUCAAUUGCUCUUUACUUUGAACGCUCUGGAUUCUCCAAAUCCCUAAAAAAGUUUCUAUCUGAAGCCAAAAUCGUGAAAGAUAAUACAGAGGGUUCGUCAGUUGAUCUUGAAGAAAUGUGCCGCAAAUAUUUAGAAACAAGCAAGGAUGAUGCUAAGUCAACUAUCAACGAUCAAAAGGAGGAAGUUGCAGCUGUGCACUCCAAACAUGAAGAGGAAAAAUCCAAGGGAAAAAAGAAAAAGAAAAGCAACUUAGUUUCAGAAUCUGCUGUUGAUAACCAACUGGAGUCACCAACUGUGGUUACAGAAAAUAAAGUUGAUUUAUCUACUGUUGCCAAAGUUGAUAAUGGUGCUGAGACAGAGAAGCGGUCCAAACAUAAAACGAAAAAGAACAAGUCAAAUAUUGAAGGGGAUGCAACAGAGCAGAUUGCAGUUACUGAAAAUAAAGUUAAGGAUGAUUUAUCAAUAGAUGCCAAAGUUGAAAAUGGUGCUGAGACAGAGAAGAAGUCCAAACGCAAAAUUAAAAAGAAAGACAAGUCAAAUAGUGAAGGGGAUUCAAAAGAGCAGAUUGGAGAACCCGAUACAACUGUUUCAAAAAAAGAGAAUUCCAAAGCAACAAAUGAAGAAGCAAUGCCUGAGAAGAAAGAUUCUAAGAAAAGAAAAAGAACAAUAUCUAAAGAAAAUGACGAACAAGAUACUGAAGUAAAGGAGGAUGAAGAAACCAAACGCAGGAAAGUCGAAAAUUUGAAUGAAUCUCAGGGAGGAGACCAAUCGGCAAAAACAAAUGGGCACUAUGAGAAUGGGGAAGAGAAAUCUUCUGUGCAAAAGUCUCAGAAGAAAAAAAACAAAGAAUCAGCUGAGAAAGCUGUGAAGGUGCCAUUUCAACGGGUACAAGUUGACAACAUAGAUCAUGAGAAGCUUCUGGAUAACUCUUAUUGGGCAAAGGGUGGUGCUGAGAGUGGUUAUGGUGCAAAAGCAGAAGAGGUUCUUGGCCAAGUCAGAGGACGGGAUUUUCGUCAUGAGAAGACCAAGAAGAAACGUGGGACCUAUAGGGGUGGACAUAUUGAUUUACAUUCCCACUCAAUUAAGUUUAAUUAUUCAGAUGAGGAGUGACUAGAAAUCACAUAGGUUUAUGUCUUUUUUCUUGUCAAGAAAAUUUGUUAUGAUAUUUGCUACUGGACCACCAUGCCAAAGCUGGUGUUGCCAUCAAAAUUUUGCUAAAUUAUGGUUCAUUGAUACAAUAUUUGUUCAUUUGGAUAAAGAUAUUUGAACAGUUUUAUGAAUUUCAUUGUGCUGCUUAA